AUGUCUUUCAAAUGUUUAUCCCUGUUCACCUUUACAAAAAUGGCUACAAAAGCAAUCUCCUAUUUAAAACCGACACUGCGUCUCGGCUGUCGCUACCAGUCUCCAAUCAAAACAUGCAUCGCCCAAUAUAGCUCCCAUUCCCCGAUGGGAUCGACUACCGCCAACACCCGCAAACCAGUGACCAUCCAAAGUAUCCGAAGUCUCUACAAGAAAAAUGAACCCAUCACAGUCAUCACAGCCUCAGACUUCCCAAGUGGCCAUGUUGCCGAUACCGCAGGGAUGGAAAUUGUCCUUGUCGGCGAUAGUCUAGCUAUGGUAGCCAUGGGCAUGGAAGACACCAACGAAGUCACAAUGGACGAAAUGCUCCUCCACUGCCGCAGUGUGAAGCGUGCUGUCAAGAGUGCAUUCACAAUUGCAGACCUACCCAUGGGCUCAUAUGAAACAUCACCCGAGAAAGCCCUCACAUCCGCUAUCCGGAUGGUGAAAGAGGGUGGGAUGAAGGGCAUCAAGCUUGAAGGUGGUGCUGAGAUGGCACCGACAAUUACGAAAAUCACUCAGGCCGGCAUCCCUGUCAUGGCGCACAUUGGAUUAACGCCGCAGCGCCAGCAUUCCCUCGGUGGUUUCCGCGUGCAGGGCAAAUCGGCUGCCAGUGCAGUGAAGCUACUGCGGGAUGCAUUGGCUGUGCAGGAGGCUGGUGCGUGCAUGGUGCUGAUUGAGGCGGUGCCGGCUGAGAUUGCGGCUAUUGUGACGCAGCGGCUGAGUGUGCCGACUAUUGGUAUUGGGUCUGGGAAUGGGUGUUCGGGUCAGGUUUUGGUUCAGGUUGAUAUGUUGGGUAAUUUCCCCGCGGGUCGGUUCUUGCCUAAGUUUGUUAAGACCUAUGCCGAUGUUUGGGGCGAGGCGCGCAGAGGCGUCGAGGCAUACAGAGAUGAGGUUAAGAGUCGGGCUUUCCCUUCGGAACAGUAUACCUAUCCUGUUACCAAGGAGGCGCUCGAGGAGUUUGAAAAGAUUGUCGAGGCUGAAGGCAAAAGUCAGAAAUAA